ACACACACAUGACAUGUGAUACAUGUGCACACGUCAGAAUUGUCAGGUCGUUUUCGUGUGCUCUCGUGUCGAGCUUGUGGAUCGUGUGUCGCGUGGGUCGUGCGAUCGUUUUUCUGCAAUUAAAACACAAAAAUAUGGUACUUCUGAACGCGCAAUUUAUUCUGUUAGUAAACCUGGCCCUGCUGUCGAUUCAUACCAGCGUAGGGGAGAACAAAUACUCCGCCGAGGCGAACAAGGCCAAGUAUGAUGUGGACUCGUCGCAACUCCCGACGUCUCUCAGAGACCUGGACAAGCCGUUUAGGAUGGCGAAGUUGAACGUGCUUUGGGUUAAGGCCAAAAACCGUCUGACAGACACCAAGCUGCAGUCGAUCUUCAGCGAUCUGAAGAUUCACGACAAAGAGGAGAUCGCAUACAAGCAUUUCAAGUCCGACGGAAAGGAUCCCGAUGGUUUGGAAGAGGCGCGCCUGAGACAGAAACUUAUCGGAAUAAUGAGCACAUACGGCCUACUGGAACAUUUCGCCGAGACCGAAGAUCCAAAGUUACUUAAAAUACACAAAGCGCUGAACGAUGGUAGCAAUUAUGUUGCCAAGGAUGUAUUUAAGGAUAUGAGACUCAACAAAUUGUGGGCUAAAGCUGAAAUGGCUGGUUUUACCGAUGAGGAGCUCGACACUUUAAAACAAGAGUUUCAACAUCAUCAAGAAAAAGUGGACGAGUACACGAGUUUAUUGAAAGAGCAGUCCAAAGAUUCGGAGAAGUCUGAGAAUAUGUUACAUUUUAAAUCGGAAAGUUGGAACGAGUUAGAAACUCAAGAGGAAUUGUCUAACGAUGUUCCAGAUCAGAAAUUAAGUCACAUGGGAAAGGCAAAUUUACUUCGGGAGAAACAUUUGGAGCUGAGAAAUGGAUUAGAUCGUUUAGACAGACUCACCGCAAAGGGACCAAACCAUAAAGAAUUUGUAGAACCUAAGGUGCAAGGAUUAUGGAAGAUUGCGCUGGAAGCAAAAUUCUCUCCUGAAGAAUUAUCAUCUUUAAAGGAGGAACUUUUGCAUUACGAAUCGAGGCUACUUAAGCUGCGACAUUUACAUGCAGAAGGAGCUCUGGAAGCAGCACAGAAAGGGCAGCUCCACGAUUCAGAAAAUUCAACUGCAGAACAACACAUAAAGAAACACGUUAGAACUGUACAAAAACUGCAUACGGAUCUGGAGAGCAAAAUCAUGCAGAGGCACACGGAAUUAUAAGAAAAUCAUAUAAGAAGCUACGGACCAUUGCCAUUUUUUUACAAA